CAUCCAUCUGGAAUUACUCGCUGAAUCAGGGCUAACUGUUAAGUGGCGGUAGUUGCUACAUAGGUAUCUAGAUACUCCAGUUUUACCUGAUCUGCCCUUCGUUCCUCGCGUGGCGUUGUACCUGACUGGAGGUCCCAGAGACAGCAGAAAUCCGGAGUCUCCAGAGUCAGAACCCCUCCCCAGACUCACUCUCCAAUCGUGUCCCACGCGAACAAUGGCAGGUGGCGUGGAGAGGGCUGCAACGCUCGCGUGGUUGCUGGAUCUCUGUUCUGCCCUUUUACAAACAAAAAAAACAUGGCUCGGGUUCUCCAGAACGAGGCUAGUGCCUACAGCAAAUGACGACACAGGGAGGACACUGUUGAACACGGAUUUUUCCACUUCUCCACCACACCCAUGCCGAUCAAAUAGUGGUCAAACCAGGACCACGAUCCUCAAAGGCUUCUUCCACUCGUGUCGGCGCGGAGCUUUGUGGGGCGGAGGCCACCAGGUGGAGGCUCCAGUCCCAAGUAUGGGGUCGAAAAGACCAUCUCCCAAUCCGGGGGUUGACGAUGCUCACUUCCUCAAUCGUGCCUCACACAGGGCAGGGAUCUGAUGCUGCGGAGUCGUUUUCAAUUCCAAUGUUACCAUGCGCUUGCGGCAAAUCCCAGCAGGGAAUCUUUCUUUUCAGGGAAAAAAAUAAAAUAAAAUAAAAAUCAUUGAAAAGUAAAAUACUAAAAUGGAUCAUCGGCCACCAUGGGAACUGACAAGACCAUCCAUUCUUUACCAGCUGCCUAUCCCCGGGCUGGUCGAUUUUCCUUCUCCUCAUCUUUCUUCCCUUUUCUUGACUUGAGCUGCCUUGGUUCGUUGGCCAGGGGUGCUUAUGAUAGAAGACAGACAGACAACAGACAGAACAAGAGUGAAAUAAUCUGUCACCAUGGCGCGGUUCUACGGGCUUCGUGGCACGAAGCUGAAUGUUAUGAUCGGGUUUAUUGCCGGUCUUGACU